AUGUAUGUGGUGGAAAGCAAAGGAGGUGCUAUAGCAUGCAUGCUGCUUGCCUUGAUCUUCUUGGGCACAUGGCCUGCUAUCCUCACUCUCCUGGAACGACGAGGCCGGCUUCCUCAGCAUACUUAUCUGGAUUAUUCAAUCACAAAUUUCUUGGCUGCUAUACUUAUUGCUUUAACAUUUGGUCAGAUAGGCAAUAGCACACCUGAGAUGCCAAAUUUUUUAACUCAACUUUCACAGGAUAAUUGGCCCUGUGUUUUGUUUGCAAUGACGGGCGGGGUGGUCCUCAGCCUGGGAAAUCUUUCCACACAGUAUGCUUGGGCUUUUGUUGGUUUGUCAGUGACAGAAGUGAUCACUUCAAGCAUCACCGUUGUCAUAGGCACAACCUUUAACUAUUUCUUGGAUGAUAAAAUUAAUAGAGCCGAUAUUCUUUUUCCCGGGGUCGGUUGCUUCUUGAUUGCUGUUUGUCUUGGCGCUGCUGUUCACUCGUCCAAUGCAGCUGAUAACAAAAUAAAACUUGACAGCUUGUCUAGUGAUCACAUAGAUGCAAUGAAGGUUUCCAAUACUUCCAUGAUCCCAAAUGAGGCUGCGUCGAAGGAUCUGGAGAACGGAAAUGACCCUGCUCAGAAGGCAAAGGCUGGAACUGCAGGUUUUCUUGUACAGCUUGAGAACAGAAGAUCAAUUAAGGUUUUCGGGAAGAGCACUUUUAUUGGAUUGGGAAUAACUUUCUUCGCCGGAGUUUGCUUCUCUCUUUUCUCGCCUGCAUUCAACUUGGCCACAAAUGACCAGUGGAACACUUUGAAGACAGGAGUUCCUCAUUUGGUUGUUUAUACUGCGUUUUUCUACUUCUCAUUAUCUUGCUUUGUCCUUGCCGUCAUUCUAAACAUCACCUUCCUUUACCACCCUGUACUGGGCUCACCCAAAACAUCCUUCCAAGCUUACCUGAGAGAUUGGAAUGGUAGGGGCUGGGCCCUUUUGGCUGGUCUCCUAUGUGGAUUUGGCAAUGGUCUCCAGUUCAUGGGAGGUCAAGCUGCAGGAUAUGCAGCAGCUGAUGCAGUUCAGGCACUUCCACUGGUGAGCACUUUUUGGGGCAUCCUUCUGUUUGGAGAGUACCGAAAAUCAUCCCGAAGAACGUAUGUAUUGCUUUUCAGCAUGUUGUUUAUGUUUAUUACGGCUAUUGCAGUCCUUAUGGCAUCAUCAGGGCAUCGCAAGUGA